UGACUUCAGCUUCACUCAGAGACUAAAUGGCUUCCAGAUUAGAGGAAGAUCUCUGCUGUCCUGUCUGCCAGGACAUCUUUAAAGAUCCUGUCAUCCUGUCAUGUUGCCACAGCUUCUGUAAAGGCUGUCUGCAGAGCUGGUGGACAGAGAGAGGAAGUCAGGACUGUCCAGUUUGUAAGAGGAGACAUUCAAAGGAAAUGCUGCCUCCUAACUUUGCUUUAAAGAGCCUGUGUGAGAGUUUCCUACAGGAGAGAGAUCAGAGAGCUUCAGAGGCUCUCUGCAGUCUGCACUCUGAGAAACUCAAACUCUUCUGUCUGGACCAUCAGCAGCCAGUUUGUGACACCUGCAGAGAUUCAGAAGAACACAGCAACCACAGAUUCAGACCCGUCGAUGAAGCUGCACGACAACACAAGAAGGAACUUCAGGAAACUCUGGAGCCCUUAAAGGAGAAGUUAAAGGUUUGUGAACGAGCCAAACACCUGGGCAACCUGGCCUUCAACAUCUGGAACAAGAUGAAGGACAUGGUCUCCUACACUCCUCUCAUCCUGGACCCAAACGCUGCUGAUACAGAACUCAUCCUGUCUGAAGAUCUGACCAGUGUGAGACGAGGAGGAGACAGACAGCAGCUUCCUGACAAUCCAGAGAGGUUUGACUUGUGCAGCUGUGUCCUGGGCUCUGAGGGCUUUAACUCAGGGACUCACAGCUGGGAUGUCGAGGUUAAAGACAGUACAGGCUGGAGACUGGGAGUGUUAGCAGAGUCUGUCCUGAGGAAGGGAGUCAUACGGUCUGGAUUAUGGAGAAUAGGGUUCAUUGGAGGUAACUACUUAGCACUGUCACCACCAGCUCCAUCUGUUCUCAGAGUGCAGAAGAAGCUCCAGAGGAUCAGAGUGAAUCUGGACUGGAACAGAGGAAAGCUGUCGUUCUCUGAUCCUGAUACUAACACACACAUACACACCUUCACACACACUUUCACUGACAGGAUGUUUCCAUAUCUCAGCACUUUUGAUAACAACCCACUGAAGAUUUUACCAGCGAAGGUCUGUGUGACUGUAGAACAAUAUGAUGAGGAUGAGGAUGAGAGCAUGUGA